GACACUUGCUGUUGUCAAUUUACGUUCGUAGAGGUUUGCUGUGAAUGCACUGGCGGGAGAAAGUCGUUUGUGUUGCAAGAAGAUUAUUGUCAUUUAUCUCAGCCUCUGGAACUCGAAAUUACAACCCCAUUGCAUUAUUUUAACGAUUUAGUAAGUGUUUAGUGGCAAACUGCGUCGAGGAAGACUAUUUGACCAAAACAACUGCAUCUAGACUGGAACGAUUGGCAAGCCAGUAGGCUAACUUACUAGCUUGCUCUCCAUCAGCCUCUGUUUUUUUGCUGGCGAGGCACAAGACGUCGGUGUAUGUCCAGCUAAACCUUCGAAACUGUAACUUAUAACCGUUCUAUUGUAUUCAUCUGCAUUUUAACUGGAUAUUCUGCUGUUGUUUGGAGUGGACAGAAAGACACCGGUUUGCAGACCAACCCUCCCUCAUCGCCUGGCUCCGAUAUCCCCGGCUAGUUAGGCUAUCUCACCCAUUCCAGACAGAGGACUGGCUAGUCGGCAGUACAAGGACAUAACGUUACGGCUCAAACUGCUAUUUUUAUUCACUUACGUUAGAAAAGCCCUAAGAUAAUGGCGAAAGUGCAAGUGUUGAAUGUCGCAGUUCUGGACAACCCAAGUCCUUUCGGAAACCCAUUUCAGUUUGAAAUCACAUUUGAAUGCAUGGAGGAUUUACCCGAAGACCUGGAGUGGAAGAUCAUCUAUGUGGGCUCAGCCGAGAGCGAGGAGUACGACCAGGUCCUCGACUCCGUCCUGGUCGGCCCUGUCCCAGCCGGACGCCACAUGUUCGUGUUUCAGGCGGAUGCUCCAAACACAGGGCUGAUUCCCGAGAGUGACGCGGUGGGCGUGACCGUGGUGCUCAUCACCUGCACCUACAGGGGUCAGGAGUUCAUCCGCAUCGGUUACUACGUCAACAAUGAGUACACAGACCCCGAGCUGCGGGAGAAUCCACCUAUAAAGCCAGACUACACACAGCUCCAGAGGAACAUCCUGGCGUCGAACCCGCGCGUGACACGGUUCCACAUUAACUGGGAGGGAAGUGCGGACAAAAUGGAGGAUUCGGAGAACGUGGACCCCUCGCCCAACGCCAUGCUGCCGCCCUCCUGCAUGCCCGGGAAGGCCCCUCCUCUCGGACUGUUGCCAGACAACUCCAUGGACUGCCUGUAAACAAAAACAAAACUCACACACACACACACACACACACACACACACGCACACAGAUACUUAACCUCGAAGCGCUUAGGCACGUUAGUGAUACUGUUACACAAGUAUGGUACCGUGCACCCUUGGUGAAGGACGGAGCAACACACACACAAUCAAGCCCACAGACAGACUGACAAACACACACAGACAGACACACACACACUUUCUCUGUGACCUAAACGCAUUGGAGUCUGCAGGUUAUGGUGCUGUGCGUUUUGUUUUUCCUUUACCAUCCUGAGUGUGUGAAACAUGAAGACAUCAGAGUUGGCACUGACCUGUUCCUUGAACAGACACACACACACACACACACACACACACACACACACACACACACACCAGCAUUGCCUUUCAGCACUUGCGGAAGUGCUCGGCUCUGCCUGUGGUCCACCUUUGACAGUCCAAACGCAUUUCUCUUUGGACUCCGUUGGAGGGUUUUUUCUUUUGGGUUUGGAAUGAAGCAGCUAACUAUCUUUUGGAAAGGAGAGCACAAAUAAACUUGUGUUUUUCUUUUUUCCUGUUUGUGUUUUUUGUAUAUUAAAGCGAACAAAAAGAAACACGCUGGGGUUGUACCAGGACUAAAGAUGGGACUUUGAGGACAUCUCUGGCUUUUCAUUGGCUGAGGGGAGAUGAGGGAUGGGUUUGUGGGGCAUCCCUGGCUUUUCAUUGGCUGAGGAUAAGGGGACGGGUUAUGAAACAGGAUUUGAGCGCUUCUUUUGCCCCUCAUUGGUUCGUUUUGUUUCCUGUUUGUAAAUACUUUUCCUCGUUACUCAUUAAGGUAUGAUGUCAUUUGAUAUGUCAUUUUCCAAAAUAUUCGUGGAAAGAAAAGAAGCUAAAUAAUAAAGUUAAGUACUUGUU